CGGAAGGAUGUCUCAUGGGGCGCUAUGGCCGUUGCCGCCGACGUACGACGAGGCGAUAGCCGAAUGUCGAAAAGGUGUACCAGACUCUUUGCGCCCAGCGGUAUGGUAUUUCCUCUGCACUUCCGAGCGCGAGACGUCGCCAGCCAAGAUCGAAGCAACGUACGCCGCCGCGACAAAAGAGGUUUUUGGGCCAAUCCUGCCCACAUCCGUUGCUGCCGCGCCGAUGUUUGGCAAGCCGUCCUCCUCGCACGUCACGUUGGAGCUGAUUCCGGCGCUGGCCGUCGCCCACAGCCGGCUUUCCAUCGUACUACAUCGACUCCAUGGCGUGGAUCAUUGCCGUAUACUGCCGGAACUCAUGCGCUUGUGUCUCCUCGUCAACAUUACGGAAGCGCAUAUAUACUGCAUGAUGCGGAGCUUGUUGCAACGCAGUCGCCCCAAAGAUGAGUGGAAGCUACCGACUUCGCCCGCCCACGAGUUGGCUGUGAUCGGUCAUCUAAAGGACACGGUGGCGUGGCGUUACCCACUGCUCGCGACCGCGAUGCAACGUCAAGGCGCAUGGGAUGACUCGUACUUUGCCGACACAAUUCACAACUUCUUCGUCCUAUAUGUUUCGCUGCCGGUCGCUCUCCAGAUUGCGGACGCCUACCUCGGCGAGGGGCCCAAGAUUCACUGCCGCUUUCUUAUGGCACUGCUGAAGCUCCACAAAGUGCCCAUGGCGGCUGAGAUAACGGCCUCAGGCGCUGCAUGGUGGGCGCUGCUGGCAACGCGCACCCGGGCGAAUUCGAUGGCCGAAAUUUCAGCUGUCGCCUAUCGAAAGUGGUAUGGGUACCUCUUUCGCCGUCAGAACUUUGAGUCGCGGCUUGCGUCAACGCCGUCGGCGUACGUUGGUGUACCGACGCUUGACGAGUACGGAGCUCCACUGCCUCUUGUUGUCGAUACGUCGGCGCCACCGAUGCUGCUUCACGCAACACGUGACUCUAUCUUGUCGACGUGGCUGCCUGCGACCGAGCAGCUGAAGCAGCUGCAACGUUGCUACUGCGCAAUCCAACACGGCCGAGGCCUCGACACGUUGUAUCGCUACUGUGCCAACAUCUCACCGCUAGUCGUCGUGCUCCAAGUUCUCGGCUGUGAUCAAGUCAUUGUUGCAUACCUCUCGCACGGUGUGGGUCCGCGUGACCAGCUCUUCGGGGACAAAAGAUGCUUUGUCGCAUCGCUUGCUCCCGCCAUGAAGUACGCGGCCACUGGAACGGGCGCCAAGUUCGUAAUGUGCCAGCCGUCUCUUCUUGCCAUCGGUAUCGACAGCAAAAGCAGUGCCGCAGCUCUGGAGAUCGAUGAAGGUCUCGUGCGCGGCCGAAGUCAGGCAACUGAUGUCUUUAGCAACCCCCCACUUGGCGGCGCGGAAGAAUUUGACGUCGGCGACAUUGAAGCGUACAAGUUUGUUCUCUAGUGAUUUGUAUCUGAGCUUAAAUCGCACAAAUAUUUGGUUCCAAAA